CAGACUCCCAGACUCCACUCCCGACUGUCCCCGUGGAGACAGGGGGCGUGGCCACGCGAGAGACAAAACCCGGAAGGUCCGCCGCUAGGGUGCAGUCACGUGAAGAGAGCUGGGCAAAGCGCGGCCGCGAGGGCUCCCCUCCCAAUUACCCCGCCCCUCCCCCUCCACUCCCCCAUCCCUCCCCCUCCUCCUCCCCUUUCUCCCUCGGCCCAGCGGCCGCCCAGCUUUCCCCUCCGGCUUAGGCCCCACCUCUGAGCCCUCUUUCUCCUUCCCUUCCCCCUCCCUCCGCCCCGUUGUUCCUCGCGUUUCCUCCCUCCUCCCCUUUCUCUUCGCCUCGCUCAAUCCCAGCUCGGCCCCGCCCCCGCCAGUUCCGCCCCGCCCUCGCCUGGUAGACCCCACCCCCACCUGCUAGGGCCCCGCCCCCUCACUUUCUAGAGUCCAGUCGAACUGGGUCCCGCCCCCUCACUUUCUCCACCCCUUCGCCUUCGGCACUACCCGCCCGAUUUGGGCACAGUCCCUUCGACCCCGUUCCCUAGCUCAGAGCUCCGCCCCCCAGACUGUCGGCCGCGGCCCCGCCUCCUCAGCGGCUCAGCAUUCAGACACAACAUGGCAGCAGCGGCGGCGAAGGCUGGAUUGGCAGGGUUGAGGCGAGCGGCCUCGGUGGUGUGCCUACGUACUCGUCGGCCGCCCCUCCGGGAGCUCUCGGCUCCGGCCCGCCUGUACCAUAAGAAGGUGGUCGACCACUACGAGAACCCCAGAAACGUAGGGUCCCUGGACAAGUCAUCCAAAAAUGUGGGCACCGGGCUGGUGGGGGCGCCGGCCUGUGGGGACGUCAUGAAGUUACAGAUCCAAGUGGAUGAGAAAGGGAAGAUUGUGGAUGCCCGGUUCAAGACGUUUGGCUGUGGCUCGGCCAUCGCUUCGAGCUCCCUGGCCACCGAGUGGGUUAAAGGGAAAACGGUGGAAGAGGCCUUAACCAUCAAGAACACGGACAUUGCCAAGGAGCUGUGCCUGCCCCCGGUGAAGCUGCACUGCUCCAUGCUUGCUGAAGAUGCAAUCAAGGCUGCCCUGGCGGACUACAAACUGAAGCAGGGCACUCCAAAUAAAGAGGAACCCGAGGAGAAGAAGUGAUUGCCCCCCCACCCCGCGCUCCCCACUCCCGCUGCAGCCUGCAGGCUGGCUGGGCCGUCCAGGCUCCCCUUCCAGUGCAGUCGAUCUCACCAUAGAGCUUAGGAAGCUCUUGUACCCCAAUAAAAGCGCUAUGUGGUAAUCACACACAAUGUCCUCCUAUUCUAGCAGCACUGAUUCAUCCCUGUGAUGUGCACACCUUGUGCUCUCUGUCCCUGGGCUUGCUUCUGUACCAUCACCCGCCUCAAGGCCUGAUGAAACUGGAUGUUGUGAAUUGCGUGAUCUGUGUUACCUUGACAAAUACUGGAAAAACCCCAAAUGGCUUUCAUCUGAAGGGGAUGACUGAUUUAGCACUUAAUUCACCUGAGUGGGUUGGGGAAAAAAGUUAUUGCUAUGGAUUGCCUUGGUAUAAAUGUUGGAAAGAACCAUUAUUGUACAUAAAACAGAUCUAUCUAUAUACAUCUAUGCACAUUAUAUAUAUAAAAAGCAUAAUAAAACUAUAAGAAUC